UAUAUAUCUACGAAUUGAAAAAAAGAUAAAUUAACCUAUGCAAACCUAAAGAACAACUGUAAGUCAAGGCAGUUCUUUCGAAUAUAAAUCAGAUUGUCAAUACUAGGCUUAUUCGGCAUUCAUCGAGAAUGUUGAAAUAAUGUGUUCUAGGUGAUCUUGAAAACGCCGUAUCCGUAUAGCCGGUCAAAAUUGACGCUAAUAAUGGGGAUUCACCCGUAACGUAUAAUCAGAGAAAGAUCUUAUUAGUUUGAAACAGGUUAUAUACAACUACAUGUGAUCUCUUAUCACCAUAUGUGCAAGUGUUUAGAUGGCAAGCAGCGACUGGAAUAUCGGAGAAUGGAGGGGAGGUACCCGUAUCUGGCCAGUUCCACUUUAUCCAGCGGUGGUUACGUGAUGCACAUCUUCCUCUUCUUGGCGUUCGCUCUGGCCGAUGCAUCUGCGGAGUGCCUGAACGGACGAGUCAUCAUGAGUGGACAUUUAAACUGCACUCAAAAGCAGUUGAUUGUUGAUACUCACAACGAAAUGAGACAAAAAGUAGCAGCAGGUAAGGUGCCCACUCAGCCAGUGGCGGCGGAUAUGGUAGAACUGAGGUGGAGUGAAGUACUAUCAAGAAAGGCACAACAAUGGGCCGAUGGAUGUGUAUUUAUACAUGACCCAGAUCUAAUGUUAGGUGGAGAACAUAUUGGUCAAAACUUAGCUCAAGAAUCAAGUUCCAAAGAUGUCCUAAGUGUACCAGAUUUAGUCGGAAUGAUGAAUAGUUGGUUUAGUGAAGUUUAUAAAUUUGGGUAUAAUGGAACGUUUACAUUUGACUCUGGUCAUUAUUCUCAGGUAAUCUGGGGAUCGACUAAGUAUGUAGGCUGUGGAAUAAUUUAUUAUUUCAAAGCCAAUGAAUAUUACAGCUAUUUUGUCUGUGAUUAUUUACCACCGGGAAAUUGGAUUGGUCUAAAGCCUUACGUUUAUGGACCCCGGGACUGUGAAGCACAUCAUCUGGCCAAUUCCAAAAGAUUCCCUAAUUUGUGUGCAAUUGAUAAUUCAACAGUGAGAGUACCAUGCCCAGAAGGAAACGUGUAAUAUGUUACAAAUAAGAACUGAGCACAGUGUAAAAUAAAUAUCAUAUUUAAUAGAUUUGAUUAUUAAUACUUGUUUUUAAACUGUAAUUUAAUAUAAUAUAAGGAUUAAUUUUAAAUAAACACUUUUGUAGAGAUUAA